AAAAAAAAAACCCGCCAAAACCUCCUCCAAUGCUAUUGCUAUUAGAUCUAAAGUAACUUGUUUUCCCCUUCACUUUCUCGCCAAUUUUCUUCUGCCAAACACCCAAAGCAGAGCUGACGGGGUGGUGAAAGUUUCUAUAUUUAAGAAGAUGCACGGGAGAAAGGCAUACGAGCUGGUGAAGGAGUUUGCCGGUGGUGAAAAAGGGCAUCUCAAGAUUUUCAACAAUGAGCUGUUUGAACGAGUAAUUGAAGAAUGCAAUGAACAUCAUAAUGCACUUCAGUCAUUGAUAAGGAAAAUGCAAGAGGAGGGACUGGAAGUCCAAACAGCUAGAAAUGCAGACCACUAUGGAGCACUCAUCCACCACCUUUCUUUAAUUCGCAACAAGCGUUGCCUAAUGGCAUAUGUGUACAACCGAGCAGAAAUUAUACGAGAUUUGGCAUGGAAGGUAGGGUUGCUUCAUGAGCUUCCACGUGAAAUUCAGGAGAAAUUCAGUGACUCAGAGGAACAUUAUUUCAAAGAUCAUUCUAAAUCUUUGAAAAUAUACAUGUCACAACUGAGCCUUGACGUGAAUGUGGAUAUGGUGCCUCCAAAGGAUCCCUACAUCAAGGUAAGAGUCCUUGAAGAUUUGGGUAGCGGAAUAAUUCUUAGUGAUAAAUCUGCCAAUUUUGCUCAACACUCAAUGCACUUUCUCAAACGAACUGAUGCUGAGCAAUACAUUGCACGGGUGGGUAGCCUUUUCCAGUUAGCUCUACUUGUAUAUAUCAUGAGAAGGGAUUGCUAAAUCCUUGCUAUCUUCUCAUUAUUUUCCUUGUAUCAAUAGGGCUUAAUGGAGGAGCUGACAAGCUGAACCUGAAAGGGUUCUUUCUAUGAUGCCUUCGCCCUCUUCUCUAGGACAAAGGCGUUUCUAAUGUGUAUUCAGAAGCCAUUAACGUAGCCUAAUACCAGACCUGUUUGUUCAUUCACUGUAAGUGCUUCUUAGAUCUUGGCAAGACAGAUGUAACUUGAACAAAAAAAUUCAGAAACUGCAUUUUGAAGUUUCAAAUCUGUAUUGUUGAAAAGAAAAGAAAAAGGUUCCAACAUCUCCAUGCAUGAAAAUUUGAGAAAGCACUACAUUCAUUCUUUGAGCGGUAAAUCUUGAUGAUAUGUUGCAGCAAAACAACCAGGCAUAGUUUGCUUUCUAUUUCUACCACUGCCACUACUACUUGCACCUCUUGACCCUCCAGAGAGGAAAGCAUCUAAAGCUGCUAAAAUCUGAGCUUCAGAUUUGUGGCCCUUCAAGGAGGACCUCACCUUUCUAACCACCUGUUGCUUCAUCCGCUUCCGCUCUGCCAAUGAAAGAUGCUCACAAUUAUCCGUUCCCUUCAGAAAUCCAACCACAUUUUCACCGGAUCCUACACCACAUUUUUCUUAGUGGGUUUCUCCACAACCUGCAAAGAUAGCAUUCGAUCUAAGCAGGCCUUAUUUUCCAGCUAAACAAUAUCCAAUAUAAAAUGCACAUUUCUCGAGUAUUCACGGAUUUGCUCUCAAGUGCGUGAGCAAUCUUAUCUAUAUUCACGACAAGAACACCAUUGCCAAAAAGCAUUUGAUGCAGAGACGUAUAGGCCGCAUCCUGCAACUCUGCAACGGGGCAU